AUGGAAAGGGUCAUGCAGCUGCAAGACAAACAUGCAAGGGAUGGACCUUCAAGGCGCUACCUAAACCGCCAGCGGGCUCAACCCUCGCUUGAGGUCCAUCUGAUGACCAACGCUGCCUGUAUCUCCAGCUCAGAUUCCUCCUCAGCCUCUGAACCCUUGCGCGUCAAGCGCCCACAUGCCUGUUCUGCGGAAUGCCGAAGCCCCUUCCUCUGGCACUCAUCCGGCCAGCCGUACUUCCUCAUGGCUUGUCUUUAUUGUUCUUCCAUCCGACACCAGUGGCAGGAUUUGUGCUAUCGGAAACUCAACCAUCAUCUCCGUUGUGCACAAUUCAGGUUGUCUCGUAUGCAGUGCCCAAAUAGCUGGCGAGAGGGCGGCUUCGUCUCCGUCGACCGCUACGUCAAAGACCCGAGUCUGAAGAGGCGCAGCUUGAUUCUCAAGCAAGCAAAACGAUGUGAAAGUUACGGAGUGAGAGAUGUACACUGA